UUCUGCUGUGCCUUGCUUUAGUUGCACACAAGCCCGGCUCCUCAAGGAACCACUCACCGUCUUUGGAUUUGUAAUGACCAUCAUUUCUCACAAUCCGCUACGCUGAACACACCGCAAGGUAGUUGACUUUGUACAUGACAUUGACAGCCGGCUGGCGGCAUAUGGACCUGGAAUGAGAUGAGGUAGGCAGGCCGCAGACUUGGCCGUGGAGAAGGAGAUUGCAUGUCUGCUGCUCUACCAAGCUUUCUGCUACCUAUGCUUCCCUCACAUUGGGUCACAGUAAUUCACGGUCAAAACACCGCCGACUGCGGAGUCGAGUCAGGAAUGUUGCUCCAUUUCGUACAGCACGGGCACAGAAAGAGAAUGACGGGAAUCCCUCCGCAUACACACAGACGCACAAGAAUCGGAUUCAGGGCACAGGCGGCACCCUUGAUCCCUCAUCCCUCAUCCUGGGUCCCUUGAGUCCUUGACAAGCAUCGCCAGGAUUGGGACCAUGGGCCAUGGGUUGGAGCUGCGCCCGGGUCACUGGCCUUUCUGGGCAAGGCUAAACCCCCACGGACAACUGUCAUUCGUCCACCAAUCCGUAAAUCGUUUUUUUUUU